GAUGGACAUCAAAAAACAUAUCCGAAUCCACGCUUAAAUUUCUCACAAUGUCACACAUGGCCUGGAUCAGCACUUUGUGAUCCUGAUCAUAUUCUCACUGAUCAGUGGAGAUUAGAUAUAAACAACAAUAUUAAUUUACAAAAUAGCCGAUGUCGUCAAAACGAUACUAAACCGCCACAUAUAUAUGUUAUUCUGGCGAAGCGUAUUCAAACACAGAUGAAUCAGACAAUAGCAACUAGUGAAGAUGCAUUGGUAAACUUCGGCAACAAAAUUGUCAAAGAAUUUGAUUUGAAAUCAGAAUUCUGCAGCAAUUUUAUUAUUGUUCUAGGUGUAGCAGAUGCUAAAAAGGUGUUCAUACAAACUGGACAAGACUUGGAACUACCUGAUGACUUCCUGAGCAACACGUCUAGAAAAUAUGACGACCUGUUCAACGCAAGAAAUCAUAUGGAGGGUUUGAAUAAUGUCAUUACCGAAAAAUUAUCGACCAUUUAA